AGGAGGAAGAGGAGGAGGGCUGUGUGCUGAAUGUGCGCUGCUCCAUGUGCCUCCUCUUGCUCUCCUUCACCCCCUCCUCUCCCUUCCAAUCGGGAGUCUCCUCCUCUUCUGGCGAGGGAACCUGCGAGCUGCCCCCAAGCAAGCUCCAUCCAGCCAAGCCACCAAGAGCAACCCCAGGCACAUUCCCCGACAAGAAGAAGCAGCAGCAGCAGCAAAAGAAGAAGAAGCAGCCUCGCAGGCACGCUGGGCUUCUCUCUCCCUGGCAGGAGCCACGCGAGAAAGCCACCCACUUGCGCCCCUCUUGCCCCAGCAGCAGGGGAUAGGGGUCCCAGCUCGGGCUUCCUCCCCUUUGGGAAGUUGGCACAUGGAAGGAGAGUCAGUCCAUUAGAUCGCUUCCACACCGCUUCUGCUCCUCUGCUUCAUACCUUCCUUCCUUCCAGAAUCUCGGCGUCGCAUCGGAGUGUGCCAUGCUCCCAUCCUGGUGCCUCGUUGGGCUUCUCGUAGCAUAUGCCUCUGGAAAGAAGCUAUGGGAUGUCCCCACAUCUCAGGUGGACCAGAACGGACCAGUAAAAUUGCAUUGGGAGCCACAGUGCCAGUACCAAUUGCGGCAUCUUCAGGAUGGUGCUAGGAUUUCAGCUCUUCUGCCUCCCCGGUUGGAUGGUCUUUGGGUUUCAACAGGAUGCGAAGUACGUCCAGGACCUGAAUUCCUCACCAGGUCAUACAUGUUUUUCCCCAACCGCCUCUUCAAAGCAUAUCAGUUCUACUACCGCGACCCUGCCUGUCAGGACCCCAACUACUCCUUGGUCAUCAAAGGCAAAAUCAGGCUCCGCCAAGCCUCCUGGAUCACUCGGGGAGCUACGGAAGCAGAUUACCACCUUCACAAAGUUGGCAUUGUCUUUCAUAGCCAGAGGGCCAUGUGGGAAACAGUUGCCCGCAUCAACCAGAGUUCAGGAGAGCAUUGCAGUGAGUUCCUGCCAGCUGGGCGGACCUGGGCUCCUGGAGCGCUGUAUGAGCUUCUGAGUGCUAAAGCGGGACGAGACUGCACCUCAGGCCUUGGCUUUGCCAUGCAUGAACUUAGCCUUGUGCGAGUGGAAAAGUACCAGCCACCACUGUUCCUCCAGCAGAACCAAGGAAAUGGAGAGGUGGAAGAACUGUAUCUCGGGGACAUCCAUACUGAGUGGUCCGAAAGACUCCAUUAUCGGCCCACAGGAUACCAGCGUCCCCUCCAGAAUGCCAUGCACCACAUCCACCCUUGUCCUGCCUGUGGGAUUGUAUACAGAGCGGAUGAACACCACCCACCUCUCCUACCAGAGAAACCUGAACUCCCGAUGCUGCUGACUGGCCGCUGGGUCAGCUCACGGUGCGAAGUCCGCCCAGCUGUGCUUUUCCUCACUAGGUAUUUCAUCUUCCAUGGUCACAACCGCACCUGGGAAGGCUACUACCACCACUACUCUGACCCUCUCUGCAAACAGCCAACUUUCACAGUGUAUGCCUUGGGUCACUACACACAGGGAGCACCAUCCCUCAUUGUGAGGGGAGGCACCGAGCUGGUUUUCAAGGUGACCCAUGCUCGGGUGACACCAAUGGAUCAAAUAACAGUGACAAUGCUGAACUCCUCUGACUUUGGGAGCUGCGGGGAGGCUGGCUUGUGGCAUAUUGGGGAGGAAAUGGAUGUGACUCACACAAAUGGAUGUGCAGCUUUGGGGAUCAGGCUCCCCCAUAUGGAGUAUGAACUCUUUCGAAUUGAACAUGAUGCCAAAGACCGCAGCUUGCUCUACAUUGGUGAGAGACCAACUGAUGGGUCAAGUCCUAAUACGCCCAGCAAGAGGCCCACAUCUUACCAGUCUCCUCUCCUCCAAUGUGGUGGACCAUCGGCAGCCUUGGCAAAACUCAGCAAGUCAAACUUUCUGAGAAGAUUAAGUGAUGAUGUUGGUAGUGGAGCAGCGAAAACACUACCCCAGUUGUCAUUGCUUGCAUUUCUCUCUAUACAGCUGGUCAGAUGGGACUAAAGGCCAAGUGAGUGAGCUGCCUAGAACAUUGUAACAGUGGUAUAUCUACACCAAAAAUUAGCACAUUUGGAAGCUGUUUUACUCCAUACUCAUAAAUAUGCACAUUAUGCUUUCUUGAUGACUGCUGAAUGACAGAGAAACUUCCCUAAGUAUUGACACCCACCUUCAAAUCUGACAUUUAUGGGACAGAAUCCUAUUAGGUGUCUUAACAUAAUUGCAAGUUCUGCUGUGGUUGGACUUCUAUGUCCAAAGUGGAAUAGCCAUUUUCAGUUCAAAUUUUCAGGUGCUCAGUUUCACAUCAGUGUGCGUUGUGCACAGAUGAGCAUGUUCAUCAUAUUUUGACGUCAUCCACAUGAGUGUGCACUUGGUGCUUUGGUUCAGUUGUGCAUUGUUGCCAUUCAACUCAAGAGAUGUGUGGCCUGAUUGCUAUGCAAUGCUGCAUGAGAUUUACUCUAUGCAACCCUAUUGCAGGAUUUCAGCCAGUUUCCAGCAGAGCAAAGUGGUCAGCUUUUUAAAUAGGUGGCCUAUAUUUUAUUAAUCACAUACAAUUACCUAAUUCUAGAGGGGUAGGGGAGACCUUCAUGCCCCCCCCCCCCUGUUCCCUCUCCCCUAGCCAAAUCAUUCUGCAUAGAAAAGCAAUUCUUCUUUUAGAGAGUAAAUUGACAUUUCAAAGUCACUCAAGGUUGCUCUUUGGUAUUUGGUAUAAAUACACUUGUAAUCAAUAUAUAUAAUUAACAACUGCUAAAAAGGGACCUGUUGGGAUUAAAGUGUUUGGGGUUCAGAUUUCA